CGGUACAACCCUCUCGGUUCAGCGCUGAGAAGAGGAAUGUGCGGAUUUUCUUCCACUCAGAGCAGCUGUUGUGUACAUUCCCGUCUAAGGAAUGCGAAUGGAAUUGUGAAAGAAAAACAUCUAGACACCGAACAGUCUGUGGUUCACUUUACCGGGCAACUAUGAAUUAGUUUGUCGACGUUUUCAGCGGUGCAGUCACGGGACGAGCCACGGGCUUUGGCCUCAUUAUGUGUGCCUCAGUGAAGUACAGCUCUCGGGGCCCUGCUCUGAUACCCCGCAUGAAGACCAAGCACCGCAUCUACUACAUCACCCUCUUCUCCGUCGUGUUGCUGGGGUUGAUUGCAACUGGGAUGUUCCAGUUCUGGCCACACUCGAUCGAGUCCUCCCCAGAAUGGACUCUUGACCGUCGCAGUGUGCACGAUGCUCCGCUGGUCAAGCUGCCCGUGUCCAGCCCUAUUCCUGAGCGGGGAGACCUCAGCUGUCGCAUGCACACCUGUUUUGAUGUCUACCGCUGUGGCUACAAUCCCAAAAACAGAAUUAAGGUGUAUAUCUACCCUCUCCAGCGGUUUGUGGAUGAGGUGGGAGUGCCUAUCAGCAGCACUGGUCUGUCCCGGGAGUAUAAUGACCUGCUGAGCGCCAUCUCGGACAGUGACUUCUACACGGAUGAUGUCACACGUGCAUGCCUGUUUGUCCCUUCAAUUGAUGUGCUUAACCAGAAUUCCCUGCGUAUCCGGGAAACGGCCCAGGCUCUAGCCAUGUUACCCAGGUGGGACAAAGGGAUGAAUCACUUACUCUUCAACAUGUUACCAGGGGGACCUCCAGACUACAACACAGCCUUGGAUGUGCCCAGAGACAGAGCUUUACUAGCUGGGGGAGGUUUCUCCACAUGGACCUAUAGACAAGGCUAUGAUGUCAGCAUCCCUGUGUACAGUCCAUUGUCAGCAGAGGUUGACCUUCCUGAAAAACAACCAGGGCCCCGGCGCUACUUUAUCUUGUCCUCUCAGACAGCCAUUCAUCGAGAGUACCGCACAGAGCUGGAGAGACUGAAAGAAGAAAAUGGAGAGGCCCUGCUCCUUUUAGAUAAGUGCAGUAACCUGUCUCAGGGCAUGGCCUCGGCCAGGAAACGCUGCUACAAGGGCCAGGUGUACGACUACCCCCAGAUCCUACAGGAGUCGUCUUUCUGUGUGGUGCUGCGUGGAGCUCGACUUGGGCAAGCCACUCUGAGUGAUGUGCUGCAGGCAGGUUGUGUUCCCGUCAUCAUGGCAGAUUCCUAUAUUCUGCCCUUCUCUGAGGUGCUGGAUUGGAAAAGGGCAUCCGUGGUAAUUCCUGAAGAGAAGCUGCCAGAGAUGUACACAAUUUUAAAAAGCAUUCCUCACAGACAGGUGGAGGAAAUGCAGAGACAGGCUCGCUGGUUCUGGGAAGCCUACUUCCGCUCCAUGAAGGCUAUUGGUUUGACCACGUUGCAGAUCAUUAACGAUCGCAUUUACCCCUAUGCAGCCCGUACAUAUGAAGAGUGGAACAAUCCUCCAGUUGUGAAAUGGUCUAGUGUGAACAACCCACUUUUCCUCCCACUGAUACCUCCUCGAUCACCGGGCUUCACUGCUGUGGUUCUGACUUACGACCGUGUGGAGAGUCUCUUCAGGGUCAUCACUGAGAUCUCUAAAGUUCCCAGUCUGGCCAAGCUGUUGGUCGUGUGGAACAACCAGAACAAGAGCCCACCUGAAGAGUCUCUUUGGCCGAAGAUUGCUGUACCUCUCAGAGUGGUGCGCACCAAGGAAAACAAGCUCAGCAAUCGCUUCUUUCCUUUUGAUGAGAUCGAGACAGAGGCAGUGUUGGCCAUAGAUGACGACAUAAUCAUGUUGACCUCAGAUGAACUGCAGUUUGGUUAUGAGGUGUGGCGUGAAUUCCCAGACCGACUGGUGGGGUACCCUGGUCGACUACACUUGUGGGACCACGAAAUGGGAAAGUGGAAGUAUGAGUCUGAAUGGACUAAUGAAGUGUCAAUGGUGUUGACUGGAGCUGCGUUCUACCAUAAGUACUUCAAUUACCUGUACACAUACAAGAUGCCAGGUGACAUUAAGAACUGGGUAGAUGCUCAUAUGAACUGUGAAGAUAUUGCCAUGAACUUCCUUGUGGCCAACAUCACAGGAAAGGCUCCCAUAAAGGUGACCCCUCGUAAGAAAUUCAAGUGUCCAGAGUGCACAGCGAUAGACGGGCUGUCCUUGGACCAGACGCACAUGGUGGAGAGGUCUGAGUGUAUAAACAAAUUUGCGUCUGUGUUUGGUACCAUGCCUCUCAAGGUCGUGGAACAUCGUGCUGAUCCCGUGCUGUAUAAGGACGACUUCCCUGAGAAACUCAAGAGUUUCCCCAACAUCGGCAGCCUAUGACAGGACCCUGCCUCUGUUCUUUAUGCCUUUGGCUUAUAAGCCAGGUUGCAGAUGCUCUAGCACUCACUGACUUCCUCUCUUUCUCUCUUUCUCUCUCUCUCUCGCUCUCUCGCUCUCUCUCCCUCUCUCUCUGUAAGAUAUUGACUCUUUAAGAGUGAAGUUCUUCUGUUUGAUUAUGUGGUACAAGGAAAUGUGCUGUUUUUAUCCACGUCCUCUCUCUUGAAGACGGACUUCUAAGGCAACUGGGAGGAGCAGUGAGCUGAACUGACUAACAGUGGACUUAUAUCUUGGAUGCGGUUGACAGGGCAAGUUGGGGUUCACUGAAAACCAGUGCUACGGACUUUAACUGGGAGCAAACAUGGUGACUUUUUUUCUUAGAUUCCCAUAGAGAGCAAGUAACUGUAUGAUUGCGAUCGGAACAACCUCACGUCUCCAAAGAAGUAUCUUUACUGGAGAAGGAAAAAACAUUCUUAACUUUCAUUGAGUUCAUGUAACAAGAUUGUAUUUUAAGCCGUUUCGGAACAUGUUGUCAUGAAAUUUUGUGGGACUGUGCAAGCAGGAAGCUGAUAAAUUACAUAAAAACAAAACAAAAACAGCAAAAAUGGAGAGGCUAUUUUUAAACAGCGAUGAUAUACUAAACUGAACUGUAAUAAAACAUCUAAGCAAUGUCUGAAACAGAAUAUCAUACUUGAGUCAUCUUACCGUAAUUAGUAAAUACAAGAGGAUAUUAACAUUGAAUAUAAUUCAAUAAGUUGGACAUACAUCAUGGAAGAAGUAAUUGUGGGCGAGGUAGCAAAAUUUUAAACUCAUGUUAUUUCUCCGUUUGGUUCGUACAGAGUUGAUGGUGAGAAUAAUUUCUAUAAUUCUUCGUUGUCUGUUGGCUUGUCCCGCAUAUUUCAUGAAAGACUGGAAGAUACUCGCUUGUUUCUGUCAAGGCUAGCACUGUGACAACCACACAGGAUCUAAAAAAUCAUGAUGGAUGGGUUCCUAGUAGUCAUUUAAAACAGUUCUGAGGCACAGACAGAUAAACAGUAGCCUGGCUGUUAUCAGAGAUACUGUUGCCAGUAUUUAUAUGAUGUGUUCAGAAAUAGUAAGGUAAUAUAUCUGUGUAAUUUAUCUAACAGUUAAACCUGUUUUUAAGAAUAUGCAUUUAGGACAUUGUGGGGUUAAGAAACUGAAAAUGUUGAGGUGUUUGGGGAGGGACAUGGCAGUAAACAGUAAACUUGUGCAGUAAACACUAGUCAUGAGUCUUUCGCAACAUUUUUAUAUUUAUGUUUGAACUGUCAUUUUAGUCUAUGAACAUGCUGAAUACUGGAAGGGUUUUUUUUAUCUACCGCAGUUUUUCCGUCUGUUUCAAGUAGGAAGUCCACACACUUCUUUUUGUGACUGGACUGGGAUAUUCUAAACCAUAUGUUCUGUUGAAUGUUCUUUGGUAGAAUCUGAUUGGACCAUAAAAGAACAUCUUUUAAUAGGGACCUGUUGAAAAUACGAGUGCAUAUCACUUUUUUUUUGUUAAAUAGAUGUUGGGUUUCUUUACACUGUCCUGUUGUUUUUUUUAUUUUUUUUUAUUUUAAGGUCUAUUUCGUGUAAUAAAUGGGAUUUCUAAAACAUAUAAUUGAUGAUGUAUUGAGAUUGUGUGGUCUAAUCUCAUUGUAAAGCUGAGCUGUUCUUUUUUUCAUGGUCAUUUCUGUUGUCUAGGGAUGGAGCAGAUGUGAGUGAUUUAAAGGCAGGAGCCUGUGUGUCUGAGAUAAAUGCAUUUCAUCUCUAUGGGGA